CAGAAAGGUGUAUACAAGUCGCAACUAAAACCCAUCGUAGUCAUCGCCACGGCUCUCUCAGGGUCUUCGGAUCUUCCAAAGCUUCCUCUCUAUAAACAUUCCUUUUCUCUCUGUCUCGCUCUCUCUCUCUCUCUCUCUCUCUCUUCAAUCGUCUUCGGAGCUUCCAUGGCUGCUUCUUCCGUCGCCGGAUCGGCCGUUAUCGCCUUCAAAUCCGCCGAAUUUGGUUCGAAUUCCGGCGACCUCAGAGCCUCUCAUUUCUCUCCGAUCACCGGCCGAGUUCGUUCCAUUCAGCUCCGCCUUAACUCGCAUUGCGGAUCGAGAACCUCCUUUGCUACCUCUGGUGUAAAAGCACAGGUUGCCACUGUUGAACAAUCAAGUACUGGAGUGACUCAAAAUGUGGAAGCUCCUGUUGUUGUGGUUACUGGAGCUUCUCGAGGAAUUGGCAAAGCAAUUGCCUUGGCUUUGGGGAAAGCAGGUUGUAAGGUUCUGGUUAAUUAUGCUAGGUCAUCAAAGGAGGCAGAAGAAGUUUGUAAAGAGAUUAAGACAUGUGGUGGUCAGGCUAUUACAUUUGGAGGAGAUGUUUCAAAAGAAGCAGAUGUGGAAUCAAUGAUCAAAACUGCGGUUGAUGCAUGGGGAACUGUUGAUAUAUUGAUAAACAAUGCAGGUAUUACUAGAGAUGGUUUAUUGAUGAGAUUGAAGACUGCUCAAUGGAAGGAGGUUAUUGAUCUAAAUCUCACUGGUGUAUACCUAUGCACACAGGCUGCAGCCAAGAUUAUGAUGAAAAAGAAAAAGGUUUUCCUUUCUCAUAGGCUCAAUUUUAUCUAUAUUAAGGGAAGGAUAAUCAACAUAGCAUCAGUUGUUGGUCUUGUUGGUAACGUUGGGCAAGCCAAUUAUAGUGCUGCAAAAGCAGGGGUACUUGGCCUCACAAAAACCGUGGCAAGGGAAUAUGCGAGUAGGAAUAUUAAUGUUAAUGCUGUUGCCCCAGGGUUCAUUGCGUCUGAUAUGACUGCUAAGCUUGGGGGAGACAUUGAGAAGAAAAUCUUGGAAACCAUCCCCUUGGGAAGGUACGGCCAACCAGAAGAAGUUGCUGGACUAGUGGAAUUCUUGGCUCUCAGUCCUGCCGCCAGUUACAUUACUGGACAGGUGUUGACCGUUGAUGGAGGAAUGGUGAUGUAGGAGGUCAACCAAGUCUCAAGCCGGAUCACUACCGAACUUACCAAACUAUAGAGGUUUAUGCAGGCCGGUUUUCUUUUAGAUAGCGAUAGCGAAAAAAGAAGUUUUCAUAGGAUUGUAGUAAGGGUUUUAUAACAGUUUUUUAUUUACUAAUAAUUUUAAGUUAAUGAGACCAAGCUAGGGUUUUAUAACAGUUUUUUAUUUACCAAUAAUUUUAAUUUGUUUUAUAUUUUGUGUGUAAUGCUUUAAACUGUAAUGAUAGCUCUCUUUUAUGUUUAGAA